CCCGGAGCUCCUCAGAGGGCGGGGCCGGUACCGGGCGGGGCGGGGCGGGCACACCCCGGCGGGCCGUGGCGGCAGGAGGCGGCCGGUGGGCCCCGCGCAGGACCCGCUGAGAUGCAUCUGAGCAAAAUCUGCUCCACUGAAGUGACUGGAAGCCGAGUACCGUGAGCGUCAGGAUCUCAGCCCGCACUGGUGGCUGCUGUUACUUUUCCCUUUGCUCUGCACUCGGCGUGCCACACGGCUGCACCUGCAGAUCUUCUGAAUUGGGCUCCUGAUUAAAGCUGACAGAUAAUGGAAACAUUUCCUUGGCAAUGUCUCUGGGGCGACUCCUCCGACGUGCCUCUUCUAAAGCUUCUGACCUCCUGACCCUGAAUCCUGGUGGUAGCAGCAGUUCAUCUUCCAUACUUGACGGGGAGAUUAUCUACUCCAAGAACAAUGUCUGCGUCCACCCACCUGAGCUGCUGCAAGGCAUCGGGGAGCACCAUCCAGGCUAUUUGUGCUUGUACAUGGAGAAGGAUGAGCUGCUCGGCACCACGCUUAUCCUCGCCUGGGUCCCAAACUCCCGCAUUCAGAGGCAGGAUGAAGAAGCCCUGCGCUACAUCACUCCCGAGAGCUCCCCUGUCCGGAAAGCUCCCCGCAAGCGUGGUCGCCACACUCAGGGUUUCAGCAUUGUCCAGCAGGCUUCUCCCCCUGAGCAGAAAGGGGCAGUGAUCCUGAAAGAAGACAUCUUGACUGCAUCGCAGCUCGUAAAAGAUGGGGCUUACAUCAGUUCCCCUUCUUCAGAAGGGGAGAAGCUGUCCCAGUGCUGCCCAGCCGCAGAUGGCACCCACAGCUCCCCGCAGCCUGCCCACAGUGACUCAGGAAUCCUCUCGACAAUCAGUUCUCAGGACGAGCAGAACAGGUCGGAGCUGUCGGUGGAGGGGACGGAGGAAGGUCUGGACUGCAGGCCGGAGCUGGGGGAGGAUGAGGGCUCCUUGGAGCUGUCUGCUGAUGAUGUGAGCAGGGACAGUACUUUUGACUCUGAUUCUGAUGCCUUCUCUUCCCCGUUCUGCCUCUCUCCCAUUAGCGAAGCCCUUGGGAAAAGCAGUAGUUCAGUAUUUCUGGAUAAUGAAAGCAGGGACACGUGUGACAACCGCACCACCUGCUCCACCAGCUCCGCGUCCAGCCUCGACACCAGUGCCCAGUCCCAGGAGAACAACGGGCAAACGCAGAGCGCCAGGUGGGAUGAGCAGCAGAAGGUCUUUGCCCUCGAGCAGAUCUGCGGUGUCUUCAGAGUGGACCUGGGACAGAUGAGAUCCCUGCGCCUUUUCUUUAGCGAUGAGGCCUGCACCUGUGGACAACUGGUUGUUGCAAGCCGGGAGAGUCAGUACAAGAUCUUCCAUUUUCACCAUGGUGGCCUGGAUAAGCUGUCGGAGGUGUUCCAGCAGUGGAAGUACUGCACAGAGACCCAUCUCAAGGACCAGCAGCUUACUGAUGAGAAAACGUGCAUGCAAUUCUCCAUCCGUCGUCCUAAGCUGCCUUCCUCGGAGACCCACCCGGAGGAGAACACCUACAGGCGUCUGGACGUGUCUGCCUGGCUCAAUCACCUGAACGAAUCUGGGCAGGUGGAGGAGGAGUACAAGCUGCAGAAGGCCAUUUUCUUCGGUGGGAUUGAUAUUUCCAUCCGUGGGGAGGUGUGGCCCUUCCUGCUGCACUACUACAGCUAUGAGUCCACCUCUGAAGAGAGGGAGGCGCUGAGAGUACAGAAGAGGAAAGAAUACUUUGAGAUCCAGGAGAAAAGGCUUUCAAUGACUCCAGAUGAGCAGAAGGAUUUCUGGCGUAAAGUACAGUUCACGGUAGACAAAGAUGUUGUGAGGACUGACCGCAGCAACCAGUUCUUUCGAGGGGAGGACAACCCAAAUGUGGAAACAAUGAGGAGGAUCUUGCUGAACUAUGCAGUAUUUAACCCAACAAUUGGAUAUUCCCAAGGAAUGUCUGACCUGGUAGCCCCAAUCCUGGCAGAGGUCCUAGAUGAGUCGGAUACAUUCUGGUGCUUUGUGGGAUUGAUGCAGAACACCAUCUUCAUCAGCUCACCCCGGGAUGAGGAUAUGGAGAAACAACUGAUGUACCUGCGGGAGCUGCUGCGGCUCAUGCACCCACGCUUCUACCAGCACCUUUCUUCCUUGGGAGAGGAUGGCCUGCAGAUGCUUUUCUGUCACCGCUGGAUCCUGCUCUGUUUUAAACGGGAGUUUCCCGACGCUGAGGCGUUGCGCAUGUGGGAGGCGUGCUGGGCUCACUACCAGACGGACUACUUCCACCUCUUCAUCUGCGUGGCCAUCGUGGUGAUUUACGGGGACGAUGUCAUUGAGCAGCAGCUGGCCACUGACCAGAUGCUGCUGCACUUCAGCAACCUGGCUAUGCACAUGAACGGAGAACUCGUGCUCAGGAAGGCGAGGAGCCUGCUCUAUCAGUUCCACCUGUUACCCCGCAUCCCCUGCAGCCUGCACGACCUGUGCAAGCUGUGCGGGACAGGAAUGUGGGACAGCGGCUUCAUCCCCGCCGUGGAGUGCUCUGGCCAUCACCCAGAGUCUGAGAGCUGCCCGUACGGGGGGCUGGCGGAAGAAUCUUCUCCUAAACCAGGAAGCGAAGGCAAGAGAGGCUCGAGAACACGGGACGUCUUCGCCUUCCGAAAAUAGCCGGAGAGGAACAAGGCGCGACAGCGGAAGAGGGAAGGGCAGGAAGGAUGUUCAUAGGGAAAUAUGCUGAAGAGAAAAAUGGAGAGAUGGCUUGGUGAGGCUCCUGGGAGGACUGAAAGGUGAAGAAUGGAAGAGGAGUGGGUUCAGGAGAAGCAAACGUCAGUGCACGGUGGUGCAACCUGAGCGAAACGCAGCAAACCAGGAGCAGUGCCUGCGCGAGUUUGGAUUCGGUUUUCUUAGAAACAUGAAGUGUUUCUAGACCUUAACAAAGACUUUUUAUUCUGCCUCUGGGAUUCGACUGGUUAGCAACCAAAAUUUGUUACUUGCUGAUGAGAAAUGAGAACACUAAAGAGGGCCAAGUACAACCAGCAGCAUUUGUGGGUCAGGUGGAAGGAGCAGAGCUGUGGCAAAGCCUCUCUGCAGUGUCCCUUCAUCAGAGCACACAUGCACUCUUGCUUCAACCAAAACAAUGCAGCUUAGUGGCUUCUCUCUAAAGCCAUGACGAUCAUUUUAAUUAUAAUCUGCCAAAAAUAAACCUGCAAACUGUUGGGAUUGCAGGGAAGGUAUCUGCCCUGUUGGCGAGGAAGAACUGGUCACCUAAAGGUCUUGCCUCUCGUUCUUUCUUUUUUUAUACGGUAUGCCUGUCGGCAUGUUGUUGCUUUUUAAUGUGUUUUGUUGUUUUUUUUUUCCAUUUGUACAGAAAGUGUACAGCCACAGGUCUUAAAGCACUGCUGUUCUGUAGGCAGGGGAUUUCACAGCCACCUUUCCAAGGUUACUUCUUCAUGCCAUUACAGCAAAGCUGCUUCUUUAUGCUGACAGCCACAGACUUCAGACACUUGUUUAUGGAAUUCUGUUCUUCCCAGUGUAUUUCCCAAUCUGUUCCCUUUGGAUCUUCUCAAUUGCAGCAUUUUUUCUGUCCUUAUUUAUCUUUGCUAUAGGCUGUAGCAAAUGUGCUCCAACUGGACUCUGGGCUCCUCAGCUGGUGCCGGUGGUACGUACUCUUCCCCAUACUGAAAUGAAAACAAAACUUGGUUUGUUGUAGCCAUUUUUGCUGAGCUGUCUUUGAUAAACGUUUCCCUUGAAGUAUUUUUGAAAGGACAGCACGUUUCCACUGCUGUCUCCUAUAAAACUUGCCACCACGAAGUGGAGCGGGGGCCUUGAGCGCAGCUGCGUUGCCAAACACGGAACGACCUUACCAAACCCAGUGGCAUCCAAAGGUGUGUCCUGAGCCGAAGCUUGUGCCAAACAGCCUGGACAAUUGCUUCCUUUAGGAAUGAAAACAGGUGAGGUGGCCGUGGGCUGUGCUGCCUCCGCUGCUUCCUCCUGCACAGCGUAUGAAGCCUCCCAGUCUUUUCUUUUCCCUCACACGGCGGUGCCGCCCCGGCAGGGUGGGCAGCACGUGCUCACCUUUCAGCUCUGCCUGUCGGGCGCGUUUGUUUGUUUGCAGCACCCAUGGAAAACCCCGUGCCCUCACCGUGCUGCGGCAGGCACCUGCACUGGACAAGCAGAUUUCUCUAAAAGUCGUGCUCUGUGCCCCUGCGGGAGGUGAGGCUGCCAGCGGGGACCCUUCAGGUGACACCAGGGACAUCCCCCGUGCUUUUGGAAGGGCACCAAGACCUGACCCUGGGCAGGCACCACGCCAAAGAGCCGCUGUGAAGGAGGGAGUUCUUGGAGAUUUAUGACGUUUGAGUGAAUAAUAAAAGUCUGUGUGAGGCA